AUGGAGCCGCAGCCUCCCUCUCCCGCUCUCUCCAUCAAGGUGAUGCCGCCGGAGCCGCUGCCCAAGGGGAGCGCCCGCUGUCUGGACCCGCACUCCCGAGCCAUGUCGCAGCCCGACGGGGAGCCUCUGCCUGGAGCCCUGGAGAAGGAGGACGCCCGCUCAGCGCCCAGCACCCCUUCCACGCCGUCCGUCUGCUCCCCGCCAUCCUCCUCUUCCUCCACGCCGUCGGCCGGCAAAAACGUCUGCUCCAGCUGCGGGCUGGAGAUUCUCGACCGGUACCUGCUGAAGGUGAACAACCUCAUCUGGCACGUCCGGUGCCUGGAGUGCUCCGUGUGCCGUACCUCGCUGCGCCAGCAACACAGCUGCUACAUCAAGAACAAGGAGAUCUUCUGCAAGAUGGACUACUUCAGCCGGUUCGGUACCAAGUGUGCCCGCUGUGGCCGGCAGAUCUACGCCAGCGACUGGGUGCGGCGGGCGCGGGGCAAUGCCUACCACCUGGCCUGCUUCGCCUGCUUCUCCUGCAAGAGGCAGCUCUCCACGGGCGAGGAGUUCGGCCUGGUGGAGGAGAAGGUGCUGUGCCGGAUCCACUACGACACCAUGAUCGAGAACCUGAAGCGCGCGGCGGAGAACGGCAAUGGGAUCACGCUGGAGGGGGCUGUGCCCUCGGAGCAGGACAGCCAGCCCAAGCCAGCCAAGAGAGCCCGCACCUCCUUCACGGCCGAGCAGCUGCAGGUGAUGCAGGCACAGUUUGCUCAGGACAACAACCCCGACGCACAAACGCUGCAGAAGCUGGCGGACAUGACGGGGCUGAGCCGCAGAGUCAUUCAGGUUUGGUUUCAAAACUGCAGAGCUCGCCAUAAAAAACACACCCCGCAGCACACGGUGCCGCCCUCGGGAGCGCCCCCGUCCCGCAUCCCCUCCUCGCUGUCCGAUGACAUCCACUACUCGCCCUUCAGCAGCCCCGAGCGGGCCCGGAUGGUGACGCUGCACGGAUACAUCGAAAGUCAGGUACAGUGUGGACAAGUGCACUGUAGACUUCCCUACACUGCUCCACCAGUGCACCUCAAAGCAGACAUGGAAGGACCACUGUCUAAUAGGGGGGAGAAGGUCAUCCUCUUCCAGUACUGACUGCGAGGGCUCUUCCUCAGCUGCCCGUGGCCCUGCCAGCCCCGCUGCCGCCCCUGAGCCGCUGACAGCGCCCGGCCCUGCGGGAGCAGCUCAGCCCC